AUGUCUGCUCCAUUAGACGCUUCCAGACUGGAAAUCACUCCAGUGGCCACCCCAUCCAAACUAAGACCAAACGAUGAAUUAGUUUUCGGUAAGACUUUCACCGAUCACAUGUUGACCAUUGAAUGGACCUCUACUGAAGGUUGGGGAAACCCUCAAAUCAAACCUUACGGUAACUUGUCUCUAGACCCAUCCUCCGUGGUCUUCCAUUAUGCUUUCGAAUUAUUCGAAGGUAUGAAGGCUUACAGAACAGAAGAUGAUAAGAUCACUAUGUUCCGUCCAGAUAUGAAUAUGAUCCGUAUGAACAAAUCCGCCGCUAGAAUUUGUCUACCAACUUUUGAUGGUGAACAAUUGAUCGAAUUGAUCGGUAAAUUGAUCGAACAGGAUAAGCAUAUGGUUCCUCAAGGUCAAGGUUACUCUCUAUAUAUUAGACCAACUUUGAUUGGUACCACUCCAACUUUAGGUGUUUCCACCCCAGAUAGAGCCUUACUGUUUGUUAUUUGUUCCCCAGUCGGUCCAUAUUACAAGACUGGGUUCAAAGCUGUUAGAUUGGAAGCUACCGAUUACGCUACUAGAGCUUGGCCAGGUGGUGUUGGUGACAAGAAAUUGGGUGCCAACUAUGCUCCUUGUGUCUUACCUCAAUUACAAGCAGCUGAAAGAGGUUACCAACAAAACUUGUGGUUGUUUGGCCCAGAACAUAACAUUACUGAAGUUGGGACCAUGAACGCAUUCUUUGUGUUCAAGGAUAACAAGACAGGUAAGAAAGAAUUGGUUACCGCUCCAUUGGAUGGUACCAUCUUGGAAGGUGUCACUAGAGAUUCCAUUUUACAUCUAUGUAGGGAAAGAUUGGAUUCUAAUGAAUGGGAAGUUAACGAACGUUAUUGUACCAUUGAUGAAGUGGCUGAAAAAUCCAAGAAGGGUGAAUUGGUGGAAGCCUUUGGUUCAGGUACCGCCGCAGUGGUUUCUCCAAUUAAGGAAAUUGGUUGGAAGGGUGAAGAAAUUAACGUCCCAUUAUUACCUGGUGAACAAUCUGGUCCAUUGACUAAACAAGUGGCUGAAUGGGUUGCUGCCAUUCAAUAUGGUAAGGAAAAGCAUGGUAAUUGGACCAGAGUCAUUGCUGAUUUGAACUGA